CCUGCCGCGACACCGCCCCCGUCCCUGCGCCGCUUCCGCCUUUCCGCCGCCGCCAUGGCCAAGAUCAAGGCCCGGGACCUGCGCGGGAAGAAGAAGGAGGAGCUGCUGAAGCAGCUGGAGGAUCUCAAGGUGGAGCUGUCCCAGCUGCGCGUGGCCAAAGUGACCGGCGGGGCCGCCUCCAAGCUGUCCAAGAUCCGUGUGGUGCGCAAAUCCAUUGCCAGAGUCCUGACUGUCAUCAACCAGACCCAGAAGGAGAACUUGAGGAAGUUCUACAAGGGCAAGAAGUACAAGCCCCUGGACCUGCGGCCCAAGAAGACUCGGGCCAUGCGGCGCAGGCUCAACAAGCACGAGGAGAACCUGAAGACCAAGAAGCAGCAGCGAAAAGAACGUUUGUACCCAGCCAGGAAAUUCGCCAUCAAGGCAUAGCCCCGAGCGGGGCUGGGGUCUGGGCAUGGCUCAUUAAAGGGAGUUUGGUUUGGAA